GGCUCAAAGCUGGAACUCCCCUUGUGGCUUGCCAAAGGACUUUUUGACAACAAGAGGCGCAUCCUUUCUGUGGAUCUUCCGAAAAUCUACCAGGAGGCCUGGAGGACUGUGUUCAGUGCAGACGCCAACGUGGUGGACCUCCACAAAAUGGGGCCACGUUUCUAUGGCUUUGGCUCGCAACUCCUGCACUUUGACAGUCCGGAGAAUGCAGGCAUCUCCCAGUCUCUGCUUCAGACUUUUAUCGGACGUUUUCGCCGCAUCAUGGACUCCUCCCAGAACGCCUACAAUGAAGACACUUCAGCACUGGUAGCCAGGCUGGAUGAGAUGGAGAGGAGCUUAUUUCAAACAGGACAGAAAGGACUGAAUGACUUCCAGUGUUGGGAGAAGGGUCAGGCUUCUCAGAUCACAGCUUCCAACCUUGUUCAGAAUUACAAGAAGAGAAAAUUCACCGACAUGGAAGGCUGAAGGCUAGAGGGGCACAGAAUUGCUCUUUGGGGACUUAGGCCCUGCGUGUCCUUGACCUGGCACAGACCAACUUGUGUCGCACUUCACGGUUUAUAACCUGCAGCAGGUUGGGGUUUGGGACUGCCUAGUUGGGAGAGAUGUCCUUCCUACCUUGCUGACCCACAGCUCAGGCCUUUUGACCCAAGAAUGCACAGCCAAGGAGAAAUCAGAGUCCACCCUAAAUAGGGCUCCUGGGUGUAUACAUCGCAGUCAAGGUGGAACUGGGAUUCCUAUGUCUGGGAUUUUGGACAGCCACAGAUGUCCACUUUCACUAGCUGCAAAGGAUAGGUACAAAGUGGGUCACUUUGCCUGUUCACAGAAUGUUCUUUUUGGCUUAUUUCAUCUCCUUACCUCCCUUGUGACUGAACAAAGGACAGCAUCCCCAUGCUGGCCUGACUUGUAGAUUCCUCCUACUGCCUGCCUGUGGGGAGUUACCCCAGUUUCCAAAACAGUCACCAAGAAAAAGGGAGGAAAAGGUAAAAGGAGAUGAAUAGCAUAGCAGAAAAGAGAAGCAGUGGCUUUUGGAUCCUGUAAUUGGGGCUUCUCAAACUGGAAUCACAUGGUGCAGUCAGCUCGAG